AUGUCUACAGAAAACAAAGUGCAGAUCCCGUAUGUCCGUCUUGGAACUUCUGGUCUCAAGGUAUCAAGAUUGAUCUUGGGAUGCAUGUCGUAUGGAACACCCGAAUGGCAACAAUGGGUACUUGAUGAGAAGACCAGUAUCGAACAUAUUAGAUAUGCUUACGAAGCUGGGAUCAAUACUUUUGAUACCGCAGAUGUAUACUCUGGAGGUGUGUCUGAGGAGGUACUUGGCAAAGCUAUCAAGGAGAUUGGUGCCCCGAGGGAGAGCAUCGUAGUUCUCACCAAGCUUUUCAACCCUGUCAUCCGACCAGGAUCAGGAGCAAAAGUCGAUCCCAACGGCAGAGGGCUUAGUCGAAAGCGAUUACAACUUGAUUAUAUUGAUGUAUUGCAAUGUCAUCGAUUCGACUACGAUACACCUAUUGCCGAGACGAUACAAGCUUUACAUGAUGUCGUGCAAAAAGGCUGGGUCAGAUACAUCGGAAUGUCAAGUUGCUGGGCCUACCAAUUCCAGGCCAUGCAAAACUAUGCGAUCAACAACAAGUUAACCCCAUUCAUCAGCAUGCAAAACUUCCACAACGCUGCGUAUAGAGAGGAGGAGCGUGAGAUGAUGCCAACGCUCAAACUGCUCAAUGUAGGCUGUAUCCCUUGGUCCCCCCUUUGCCGUGGUUUCUUAGCUAGACCAUGGAACGCGGAAGAGACUGUGAGAGUUAAAACUGAUGCCAACUAUAAAGGGCGGGGGCACGACAAACCUGAUGAUUCUCGUAAAGCCAUCAACGAGCGGGUCGAAGAGAUUGCCAAGAAGAAGGGGAUCAGUAUGGCUCAAGUAGCACUGGCUUGGUCGUUGAGCAACGAUUUCAUCACUGCUCCUAUAGUCGGUUCUACCAGUCUUGAUAAUUUGAAAGAGCUCAUAGGCGCUCUUGAUGUCAAACUCACCCCUGAAGAGAAAGCUUAUAUCGAUGAGCCAUACGCUCCUAGGUCUAUCAGGCAUGAAUGA